AUGGCCGCCCGAUUGACGGCCACUGCGCUGGCCCCUAUAAGAACGGCUUCGCACUCUCUUUGUGUUGGUCGUCAGCUCAGGAACCCUCUGUCCCGGGAUCAGCAAAUACGAGGAAUCGCACACUCGUAUUUGCUCAAGGUCGCUGAAGGAGAAAAGCGCUGGAAAGAGAGGGCGAAACAGAUCCAGGAUGGAGAGCUGCGGCACGUGUGGGACAUUUUGGACGAGCGAGGAUACAUCAAGGAUGUGGCAGGAGACCCCGACAGAAUCAAGGAAAUCAUGCGAGUCAAGCGAAUUGGCGCGUACGUCGGAAUCGACCCAACAGCCGACUCUAUGCAUGUAGGCCACAUGCUAGCACUCAUGCCUCUCUUCUGGCUGUGGUUCCAUGGCCAUCCUGCCGUGACGCUCAUCGGUGGCGCGACAGCAAGAAUCGGCGACCCCACCGGCCGCUUAACAAGCCGUCAGCAGCUAUCCAACGCGGACAUAUCAAAAAAUAUCACCAAGUUACAUUACCAAUUGACAAAGCUGUGGCACAAUGUCAUUCAGAUGCGAAUCAAAUACGGCUAUAGCGACGACUGGGCAGCCAAGAGACAUCUGCUCAAUAACAACAUGUGGCUUGGAGGUCUGACGACGUACGACUUCAUAAAAAGACUGGCGAGGCACACCCGGAUCGGUCCUAUGCUGAGUCGCGAUACGGUCAAGCGCAAAAUGUCAGAGGGCGACGGCAUGUCCCUGGGCGAAUUCAUGUAUCCCUUGAUGCAAGGAUGGGACUUUUGGCACAUGUACAGCAAGAUUAACAUUCAGAUGCAAAUCGGCGGUUCUGACCAGUACGGCAACAUUGUCGCGGGAAUUGACGCACUCAAGACGAUUCGAGAAACAGAGGAAGCACCGUAUGCGCGCAUGGAGACGGGAUGGCAGCACGAGCCCGUUGGCUUCACGGUACCGCUGCUCACGGAUUCCGCUGGUAACAAGCUUGGAAAGAGCGAAGGCAAUGCCAUUUGGCUAGACGAAUUCAAGACAAGUGCCUUUGAUCUGUACGGCUACUUUAUGUGCCGUCCCGACGAAGAGGUAGAGAAACUACUGAAGCUCUUUACCUUUUUGCCCAUGGACAAGAUCGAGUCCGUCAUGGAGCAACAUAAAGCGGACCCCACGAAGCGCAUCGCGCAGCAUAAUCUGGCCUUUGAGUUUGUGUCUUUAAUUCACGGAUCGCAAAAGGCUCUAGUAGAAGCGCAGCAGCAUCAGUAUCGCUUCGGUGGCCAACUACCUCAUAUUACCAAGGAACCAGAACCAAGCAGCGGUCUCAUUAGCGCCAAUACGCGUCCGCGAAGCGACAUCAGGCUCCCGCGCUCCGUCAUGCAGCUGUCGCCCGCCAGACUGCUGUUCGCGGCUGGCCUGGCCCCCACCGCCGUCGAAGGUCAGCGACUGGUCAAGCAGCAGGGCGCGUACGUCGCCGCGCAGCCCGGCCAGAAGCGCGGCCUCGUGCCCGGUAACCUGAACUGGACGCCGAUGAAGAUGUGGUACCCCGAGGAGACGGCCAAGUUUUUGCUCGACGACCGGAUGCUAAUCCUGCGCAAAGGCAAGCACAAUGUGCGCAUCAUUGAGCUCAUGGACGACGACGAGUGGAAGGCGAGCGGGCAGACGUACCCGGGCGAGCCGUACACGGGCCAGGUGCGCCGCAUGAAGCAGGAGAUUAUCGCGCAGGCGGCCGAGCGCGGCGAGACACUGACCAUGACGCAAGUCAACAAGAUGCUCAAGAAAAAGGGCCGCGAGGCACGUCUCAAGGUGGCCAACAACCCGGAGAUUGAAAUGCCCAGCAAACUCGAGAUGCGCGAGCGGGCUAAGCAGACGCGCAUGCACAAGGAUGAGGAGAAGGCGGAGAAGAGGGCAGGGAAACCCAAAAGCGGAGAAGACUUUGACUGGUGA